ACUUUUCGUUUGCAGAUAUACCGUUUUGCUUAUUCCGCGAAUAAGCGAAAUGAUGGUUCUGACAAUUCUUUUUGUCUUUUCUCCAAGAAAUGGCAUGUACAUUACAAUGUAGCGAGAACAGAUCCUACUUGCGUAGCUAAAAAACAUCACAAAAUAAAUAGUACAUACAUAGAAGAUCGCAGGUUUAUUCCCUUUUAAAAUUUCCUGUCAAAUUUAUGCUCAAGUGCGCUCCUGAGAACCACACUGAUGGGCCGAACAUAAUGGGCCCACACGUCAGCUGCCACCCCGUUCCGUUCCCAACUAAACGGGGCCACCCAUCAUCCCAUAAGCCCAUCCCAUAUAAUUAACAUGGGCCCACCACACAAAAUUUCACGGGAACAAUUAACAUAGGCCCGCACGCCAGCCAGCCACGAUCAUGUUCCGGCCCAAUAAUAAAAUGGGCCCACACGCCAGCCGAGCCGCAAUCCCCCUCCGGCCCAUCCAAAACCCCCGCCGAGGCGAUCGCGUCGCGGCGAAAUCCGCGCGACGCGCUCCGCGUCCACACGCUCUCCCGCGCCGCGCCCCACCGCUCCUCCACCUACCUCGUCACGCGCGCCAACCACCGCCUCCCCCACCCGCCACCAACGCCUCCUCGCCCCUCGCGUCGCGCACCAAAUCGCCCGCGCCGCGCCACGCCGCGCGCUAGCUUACUAAACCCUCUCGUCGAGCACCUCGCGAGCUCGCCGUCGCGGCGGGGGGAGGAGGGAGGGAGGGAGGAAUGGACUGGUACGCGUGGCUGUGCAGGGCGGGGCUCCACCCGGACGUGGCGUUCGAGUACGCGCGCCUCUUCGCGCGCAACGAGCUCGCCGCCGACGACCUCCGCCACCUCGACCACGGCCUCCUCGCCACCAUGGGCGUCCCCAUCGCCAAGCACCGCCUCGAGAUCCUCAAGCUCGCCAGGAGGGAGAGCCCCCCGUCGUCGUCGUCGUCGUCCUCCCUCGCCGCCGUCCGCCUCCCGUGGCGCGCCACCAGGCUGCUCGCCGCCGCCGCGCGCCGCGCCGCGCUCUCCCUGGCCGCCCGCCUCCGCUCCGUCGCGCGCCGCGACAGGGCCGCCGUCGCCGUCGCGCCGCGCCCGCCGCCGCCGCCGCAGCUGUGGAAGCCGCCCCGCGCUCGCGCGCCGCCGCCGCCGUCCGCGACGCGGAACGGCGGCAGGAAGAUGGCGCUGCUGAGGCACCUCAAGAUCGAGAGAAGAUGA